AUGACCAACCCGAUUGCAUCUGCCGGUAGCAGUCUAGCCUUCGCAGCUGCCAUCAUAUUCAUCUUCGUCGGAAUCGCAAACUUCACACUCGACCAGGUCGUCCCCCGCCACAUCAGAUUCGUCGAGCUCACAACCGAAGGCCUAGGCGCAGUCCUCUCGAACUCCGGCGCACAAGCCCGUGCCGUUUAUGGAGACCCAAAUGCGCCCGACAACACGCGCAGAGUUGGGGAUGGUUUGCGACUGUUCUACACUUGGGGCCUAUGGAAUCGGUGCGCCGGUUAUACUGGCCGCUCGGACCCACAGUACUGCACGGAGAGCCGAUGGGCUUACAAGUUCGAGCCGACGGCGGCGCUGUUGGAAGACGUGCCGAACGGCCUGAGGGCCCGUGCGACGAGUCUACUCAGUGAUCAGUACAACACUGACCGCUACUUCGGGGUCUGGAGCCGGAUCGGCUUCUACUUCAUCUUCAUCGGCGCCUGUCUCGUCGGACUCAUCCUGCUCUUCUCGCUCAUCCACGCCCGCGGCCCCGGCAGACUAGGCUCUCUUAACCUCUCCAUCGUCAGCCUCCUCGCCUUCAUCAGUAACCUCAUCGGCACCGUCAUCUGGACCGCCAUCGCUGGCAUCCUUAAACACCAGCUCAACCGUGAUACUCUCGGCAUGAGCGCCUCUUACGGCAAUGCGAUCUGGCUACUUUGGGCUAUCGAUGGUCUCUUGCUCUUUGCCAGCUUCGGCUAUCUAGGCGGCUGCAUCAGAGGCAGGAAAUCACAAGUCGUCUAA